AUGCGAGGGUCUUCGUCGCGCCGAGGAUUCAUCUAUGGUAUUCCAGGUACUUCUGUUUCUCAAAAGAAAGCGCUUCAAAUUGCUCCGAUUUUAGCACUUAUACUUGUUUUUGUUGUUUUUUGGAACGAAAGCUGGUCCUUUUGGUGGCUCUCACUUCAGUGGCCGGAGCACAUCGAUCCGGGAAGAUGCGAUCGGAUCUUGAUCGUUGCUGACCCACAACUGAUAGGAUACAAGCAUGAAGCAUAUGGAGCCAUUGCCAGAUGGGACAGCGAUAGGUUGACAUUCGGGAAACAUUUGCCAGCUAUUUAUCUUUUUUUCUUUAGAUAUCUGUCGAUAGGCUACAACUAUGCAAAAUGGAGAUUCCGACCGAACGCCGUGAUAUUUUUGGGUGAUUUGUUCGACGAAGGACUCGACGCGAGCGACGACGAGUGGCAUGAGACUUACGAAAGAUUCGUCGGAAUUUACCCAAUAGACCAUGGAGAUGUAAGUAGUUUCUUUCAUUAAUGCACGUUUUUAGCUACAUCUUUUUCAGAACGUAGUGUACAUUGCUGGUGACAACGAUAUUGGGGGAGAAUCUGAGCUCAUUUCGGAAUCGCGACGGAAUCAAUUCUACAAUUACUUUCGAAAUAAUGUGACCGACUUGAAGAACCGUUUUUCGAUCAGCGAAACGUAUCUUUUUGAGAAUCGGAACUUGAAAUCGAUCACAAAAGCUUCGGUUCCAUUGGCAAAAGUGCUUCUGACUCACGUGCCCUACCUCAGUAACGCUUACAAAUACACUGAUGUGGUUUGUGACGGAAAAAAGUUAAGUUUUAGUAAGAAUGACGUUUUAGGGUCUGAACAUGGAUUUGAUUCUAUCCGCUCACGAUCAUACGACAGGAAUCUUCGAAUAUCAAAGAUCUGCUCCUCGAGCAGUUUUAUUCACAAAAGUUUCCGACAUUUCGCCCACUUACAUCAAAUCCAUCGGAGAAAACGAUCCAAUUGUUGAAUUGCAAACGCCGACGUGCUCUUACAGGUAGACCUUUUAUUUAAAAAAGAUAAAAAUAAAUGAAACGGGAAUCUCAAAAACAGAUUGCUUUCUGCUGAAAAACUGUAAAAAGCGGCGAGAUUACGGUGUAAAUUUAAAGGGACAUGCGUUUUUCGACACACUGCGUCUCGCCACGAUCGCAAUAUUUUCUGCUUUUGAUGUAAAAAAUCCGACAGUUAUUCAGAAUGGGAGUAGCUUCAAUGGGAUACGGUGCUCUAUCGAUCUGUCGUUUGAACGACGACUUCAGGAGCACACAAGUACAGUACUCUGUCCUAUGGCUCCCUUCCCGAUUCGCCCAGCUCUUCCUUUAUGCAUUCGCCGUGACCUUCUCAUUUCUUUGGAUUGUAUAUCAGAAGAAGUUCCGGUCACGCAGAUAUUCCUGGUUACAGUAG